UCCACUUAUUAUACCACUUAGUUCUCAAUAACUCAUCUAACCCUCACCUUGCCAUCAUGAUCGUAAAUCCUGCUGAAACUAAAGACUACAAACCUCUCAUUCUAAUAAACAACCCUUCAAACCCCUUGGCCUACCAAUCGCUUAUCGAAAAAACUGUCUCUUACAUCUUAUCUGCCAACCAACAAAACUUCAAACUCUUGCUCCAAAAUCACAAAUUCCUACUAAACAACUACAAUGAAAAAAUCCUAAGCAACUACUUCAAAAACAACAUCAUGAACUACAACAUCAAAUACCUAGACUUCCUAAUCCUACCCAAAAUCAACAACGUCAAUAUCUUGCAAAUUUACCUAUCAAAGUUCUACAACCUAUCAAGAAACAUCAUCGAAAAAAAAAUAAACCAGUUUAUUGCUGAAUUCAAAAAAAAAAGAAGAUUCUUCCAAUCAGAUUACUCUCUCUUAAUCAAACCAAAAAUAUUCACGACUGUCCUAUUCAAUCUCAGUAACCUCAACCUAAGAAACACAAAUCUCUACAACUGGAAUCUCAUUAUAUCUGAUAACAUACUCAUUACAAACUACUUUUUCCACUCGAUUUAUCUAAUCCACUACCAAAACUACCAAAACAAAAAAAAAUUAAAUGACAGUGUAUUAAAUGAGGAAAACGAACAAUCCAAAGACACCCGAGACUCAAACCACCAUCACAACACAAACAAAAUCCAAACAACCCCCACAAAAAGCAACAACAGCUCCACCUCCACCUCCACCUCCUUCAUGAGUGCUGAUGAUUAUAUCUAUAACUCAAAUCUACACAACAUCUUCAAUGCAAACCUGCUCAUCUUCUCUUUGGAUAACGUAAGAAUCAAGUCUUCUACUCAUCUAAGAGAUCAUGACACUUUGCUCGAAAACCAUUUUAAAACAACCUGUGUUGGUGGAACAUUCGACCAUCUUCAUGAUGGCCAUAAAAUCUUAUUAUCAACCUGUUCUUUUUUGUCCUCAAAAUCCAUAGUAGUUGGUCUCUCUUCCAAAGAUCUCUUGAGCUCAAAAAAAUACUUCAAUUUUUUAGAACCCUACCAGCUUCGAAAGGAUAACAUUGCCUAUUUCCUAUCCAAAUUGAAAUCAAACCCAAAUAAAAAAGUAGACGUAAAAGUAUUCGAAUUAAACGAUAUUUGUGGACCAACUUUGGCACUUGAAAACAUUGAUUCCCUAAUAUUAACAAAAGAAACAGAAAAAGCAGGCACUUUCAUCAACAAUCAAAGAGCUGAAAUCAAUUUCCAUCCCUUGAAAAUUCAUGUAGUGAAUCUCAUAAGUGACAAUCUGGAAUAUGAAGACAAUGUUCCAGAUGAUUUUGAUUUGGAAAACGACAAACUAAGCAGCUCUCAAUUACGAGAAAGCGAUGCAAACCAAUACCUCAAUUUCAAGCUGAUGUUGACUAAUUUACAAUAAAUAAUAUAUAUAACUUUUAUGACCUAUGUAUCAAAUGUAUAACUUCACAUAUAUGAAUAAUACUAACGCUA